CAUUGAACCGGACCUUCUCAUACUGAAAGUAUAACACAAACAAAUUGUGCAACACUAGCAGUGUAGUUACUGUAUGGACAGUAGCCUACCAAUAAUCAAAGCUGUCACCGCCCCCACACUUCUUUCCAGAAACGGUCAUGACUGGCAAUGUCUGACUAAGCAGUCUCCGCUAAACAGUUUAUUGUAUUCAUUCAUAACCGGGAGACCCACGCAGGCAAACACCAAUGGCUUUAACACCCGAAGACGUCCCAGUUGCGACAGUGUCAGAUGGCAGCCGCGUUGUACCGCUGGAGUCUGGCAGCACGCAUUCUCUCACGUCAGAGAAGGAUAUGAUCAAAACCCUGCUUCACGAGUGCCUGCAGGCGAAGGAGUUUGCUUACUGUCCGUACAGUAAAUUCCGUGUCGGCGCUGCCCUGAUGACAAACGAGGGGAACAUUUUUGUCGGAUGUAAUGUUGAAAACGCUUGUUACAACUUGGGAGUCUGCGCUGAAAGGACCGCAAUUCAAAAAGCCAUUUCAGAAGGGCACAUGAACUUCCGAGCAAUCGCCAUUGCAAGUGAUUUAGAAGACCAGUUUAUCUCUCCUUGUGGAGCUUGCCGACAGGUCAUGAGAGAGUUUGGGACUGAAUGGGAUGUUUUCCUCUCUAGACCUGAUGGGUCCUAUUUGAAAAUGACCGUGGAUGAACUCUUACCCAUGUCUUUUGGACCUGACGACCUGAGGAAGAAGAAAGUGUUCAGAGUUCACAAUGGGUGCUAGCACCAGAGUCACUGCAGCCCUGUAUUGCUCUCUAUAUUCUCUAUUAUUUUCACAAUAUUGCCAAAGAUUUUAAUAUAUGGGAGAAAAAAGAUGAUAUAGUCUACCCAUUGAUAAUAACAAUAGCAGAAUACAUUAUUAUAUUAAGGCAGUUUUUUGUAUAUUUUAGUUUGAAAAAUGUCCAGUUCCACCAAUGAUUGUAAUGAAGCUAUUUAGCAUUUUAUUUUUCAGUUCAAUACAUUUUAAGUUAUAAAAAAAGGUAUUUGUGAAAAGAUAGAUGUACACUGUUUUGUUUUCAAAAUUAAAUAGACUUCGUUUUGAUGCAGAAUUCUUUCAAAUGCGUUGUUAAUGGUAAGGGCCAGAAGGUCCACCGCAGGCCAGACUGUGUGCUUUACCUCACCGCGUGUCUGGCCAGUAGGGGGCCGCUGUAGCACAACGAGGAGACUUCCCUAACCUGAAGUAGCGCCAGAGUCAAUGCAACACUCCCUGUGGAAUCCCCAGCGGAGCCCGUUAGCUUUGCACAGCCAGGGUGCAAAUAUCCUCUGAAUAUGAAUCAUUAUUUAAAACACACACAUGACAAAGUGACACAAGAAAUGAAACCACUUGAACUACAAUCCUAACAACUCCUCGGGACAAACCAACUGCUUACCUGCAACUGUUACCAUAGGAACAUCGUUUUAUUAUUGCACCCCUCUCCACAAAAUUCAAAAACUAUCAAAACUGUAUGUACUUAAAUAAGUCUAACGCUGCAUCAAAUGAUAUAAAGCAUUUGGUUGUGUUUAUCACAGAUGUAUGUUUGUUAUUUGGUACUUCUUAAAAACUGCUAAAUGGAUGUCCAUGUCAUUAAAAUUGAACCAAUU